AUGAUUGACCAGAUUUCACUUAUUGCCUGCUCGUUGGAUGGCAGCUUAAACAUUUCAUCAUUCUCUUCACCUGAGGUAUUAUCCUUGCUGCUGCUGGUGUUCUCCUGACUCUCAUUCUUACCUAGAAGCUUUAUACGAAGUAAAAAGCAACCUUUCUUGCUUUCUCUGCAGUCUCAACUCUCAUGAGCAGUUUUCAGGUACUUUUGAUGAUAUUUAGAUACAUUUGAGCAUAAAGAAAAAAUAGAUAAUAAAAGUUCAAGUUUGAUGUCAAUAAAAGUGGAAUCUCUUUCAAAGCAAAUAAGGAGUAAAUACAAGAAAAGAAGCCAAAAAAGUGACAAUCAAGAAGAUGGGAAUUGACCCCAGGUCGUUGGGUAGGAAGCAAACACAACCAACCAACGAGCUAGUCCUCAUUGCUGUGAACGAAAUCUGGCAAUUAAUACAUUCCUUUUGAAACGCAGCAAAGAAAAGAAGAACAAAAAGUCAAAGCCAAGAAUCGAUCCCGUGACCUCAGAGCUUUCCCCUAAGACGCUGGUCCGCUGAGCUGCUACAUACUAUUGGAAAUUUACUGCGCUUUGUUGUACAUAAACUAUAUGCUCCGUAAAUUCCAGCAAUUAAUCAUUAAUCAUCUUAUCAUUAUAUUGCCUUAAUCCAUCUCCCUCCACACAUAAUCUUGAGCCAACUUCUCUCUACACCUCCCAGAAUCAUUUCCUCCUCCUUCUCUCUUCAUUCUUCAUCUCCAAAUCAUCAACCAGUCUUCAACAUCAAUUAAUCACUUUCUCAAUCAAGAUUAAAGUCAAGAUUAGCAUCAAGCUCUAAGGUUUGUCAUCAAUGACAAGUUUGAUCUUGCUUAUCUCUUUAAAUCUUGUACUUCAAUCAUGAAUUCAUCUAUUUCUAAGCUUCCCAACAUGUAUAGCUAAAUAAAUUUGGGGCUAGAAAUUGGUUAAUUAAUUGUUCUUAUCAUGUUUUAAUUUGUAUCGAUUUUAAUUGUUAAGUUUGUUCUAUUUAGAUUGUUGUGUCCAGAAAAUUAAUUAUGUUAUGUUUGUGAUAUAUAUUAUGAGUACUCAAUCAUAAACAUAUUGUUUGUUAAAUACACAAAUGAACACUUUCUGAACACACCGUUAAACUUCUUUUACCUUGUCCUGGAUUGAAGUUUUACGGGAGAAUUUAAUUAUUUAAUUAUAUUAUUUACACCACGAUGUUGGGUAAAUAAUAUAGUUAAUAAUUAAGGUUGUCGUUGCACUUAAACAACUAGUCUCGUUUUGGCCAUCACUGGGAAAUGUUGACUAGUUACUUAUUUUAGAUGACUUGUGUUGGGUCCUAAAAUAUUUAUCCACAACUUCUCACAAUCUAUCUACGAAUAAAAUUAGCAAUUAUUUCUUUCAAUUAAACAUUGAACAAUUAGUUACCAAUUUCUACCCCUACUUGCUAUUGGUUGAACUUUGUGUUGAUAAAAAUCUCUCAUCUCAAUCACUUUUAUUUUAUUACUUUUCCAAGCAACCAAAAAAAAAUCAAAAGAAACGCACUCCCAACUUUAAUCCUUAGUUUGUGCUUAAUUAUUUUAUUUCCCGCUUCUCUGUGGUUCGACACCCUACUUCCUUGGGUAAAAAAAAUAGUUGCAUGCCCAUUAUAUGCUACACACCAACUUGGCGCUGUUGCUGGGGAAGCGGUUUUGAAAAAAAAAGUGAAAGCAUGAACUUUUGGUUUUAGUUAUUGUAAAUUGUGUGUAUAUUAUUUUCUUGUUAUCUUGUUUACUUUUGCAGGUUCAAAAAAAAAUCAUAAAAAAGUGAUUAAUUAAAGUUCAAAAAAAAAAAAAAUUGAACUGUGAUUAAUUACCUUACCUGAACAUUGGAGUUGGACUUGUUGACUGAACAUAUAUCUGGACAUUUGGACCAUUGGACAUAUUGUCACAUAUUAAUUCAACGGAUAAUCCGCCUAUAUGGUCGGACCGUUUACUUGUACAUAAUAAUUUAAAGGAUACUCCGCCUAUAUGGUCGGACCAACUCUUUAAUUUCUGCACUUUAAUUAUCGCACUUUAAUUUCUGCACUUUAAUUAUCGCACUUUAAUUUCAGCAAUUUAAUUUCUGCAUUUUUUUUUUGCAUCCCCAAGCUUGUCGGCCGUGUCUGCUUGUUGGUGGCGUGCACUUUUUAUUUUAUUUCUUAAUAAUCCCCAGACUGUCGGCACAGCUGCAUCUUGGUGGAGACUGUAUUUAUUACUGUAGUUAUUUUUUUUUUCUUCUUCUCAAAUCACCAUAUCUGUCGGCCCUGCCGCAUCCUGGUGAAUUACUGUAUAUAUUAAUACUGCUUUAAGGGCUCACUAGUCUUAUUCGGUUUAUGCCAAUUGACGACGUGCGAACCUUAAUUAAUUAAUUAAUUCCACAUUUUUUUUCUUUUCAUCUCUCUCUUUUCCCAAUCCCGAUUCCCUUCUGCUUAUGCUUACACGUUCACGUGGUGCAAAUUGUGAAUUGUUAUUCUUCAGACGAUGUUGAAAAGCAUUGAAAAGCACAUACGUGAACAGAAAAAAAUAAAAAAAAUGUCAAACGAUGUUGUUGUAAAUGAGCAGGAACCAGAUCAACAAAUCGUGGAUCAGGUUACAAGGACCAGGAAACCGUUGUAUGAUUAUGUUACGCCUCCCGUGGAUGAGCAUGACAGUGUUAUUCCGCCGGAGGUUAACAUGAACCAAUUUGAAAUCAAGCCUGCUAUCAUCCACAUGGUUUCAAAUGAUCGAUUUGGCGGAGCGCCAACGGAGGAUCCAAAUAAUCACAUCACAAAGUUCCUUCGAGCUUGUAACACCUUUAAAAUCAAUGGUGUGCCAUCUGAUGCUGUCAGACUACGCCUAUUCCCAUUCUCUCUACGGGAUCGAGCUCAGAGUUGGCUUGACUCUUUUCCAGACAAUCACUUCUCCACUUGGGAUCAA